UUUCCGCUAUGAACCUCCCAGGUGGACAAGAUCUGCUCUCGUCGGCGAUUUUGGGCCUCAUCGAGUCGCCGCUUUGGGUCCAAUAUGAACGUUCCAUGAGUAUCAUCUGUCCUUGAUACCUCGACCCUGUAUUUCACCGGUUGUCGUUGACUUGGGAAAGCUGGGACAUCACAUGGGGGCCCGGGAUGCGAAUCAAUGCACCUGUGCUUGCAUUUGACAGUAUCCGAUGGUGCAAGUCAUUGCGAGAUUCGUGGCAUCUCUGAUGGAACCAGACCGGCAGGAGGAAUGGUAUUCAGUUGAUGCGCUUCGCUUGCUCUGCAUAUGCAGCAGCAUGUCAUGUUCUUUACCAUUCUCAUGCCUGCCCAUGUCCAUGACCAUGACCACGUCUGUCUUCUGCUCGGUCUCCUAUUCUAGUCUUAGUCUGACUCUGAGUUCUCCUCAGCCGUUUCCCAUCCGAAAACAAACAAAUAAAAAAAAAGCCGUCUCUCGUUACAUCCCAUGUUGCAUAGUCGCCACGCAGCGCGGGUGUCGAGUUGUACUACACUGCCCUUCCGCUAUACUUCAUGUUUCCUUGGCACCAUAUCCGCGCAACCGGCGGCUAGGAACGACAAAGAGAAAUCGCAAGGGGUUUGCGCUAUCCAUCGGGAGACGUGACGUUCACUUGACCGCCCCAGGUCUAACUUGUCGCUGUCCCCCUUCGGGUCUCUGUUCCAUCCAGUAAGAAUGGGUUGACCUACACGGCCAGUUAGAGACUCCUAAGCUGGUCUUUUCCUCUCUGGCGGACCGUUCGUGUGCCCCCCUGGGUCGAUAUGAAGAAGUAUAAAUAUAUCUGACAUGGCCCCCGUUCUUCGCGAGAUGAUGGA